AUGCGGCACUUGCCAGCGGAGAGCAAGGAAAGCGCUAUACCUGCAACACCUGGCUUAAUGUCUCAGCCGGGAACAAGUAAGCAGCAACAGGAUUUAAAUCCUCAGCCAUCAUUUAAAUCGCAAGGUACAUCGAGCAAACUUGAUGAAUUAUUCCAUAAACAAGCAAUUAACUUUAAGGCUUUUAAAAGAACUGUAACAAGUAUCGAUGUUGAAAAAAUAUGCACUAAGUGGAAAUUCGAGGAUGCCCUGCAACAGUUAAAUUCCCGAUGGAGCGUUAUUGACUCCCUUCAUUGGGAAAUCGACAGCAUUCUGGACGGGGAAGACGUUGAAUACGAGAAUUCUUUCACUCGCCACGAAAGCAUUUUCAACAACCUCAAAGAAGCGAUAAACACAAAGCUCUGGUCAGUCUCUAACAGAGAAAAUAUCACACCGAAGGUUGACAUUCCGAUUUUCAAUGGAAACUAUCAGCAAUGGGUAUCUUUUAAAAAUUUAUUCAACGAAGCAGUACAUCUAAAUCCAUCCUUAUCGAAUGCCCAAAAAAUGCAGUAUCUGAAAAGUAAGAUCAAAGGCGAGGCAGAACGCCUCAUACAGCAUUUAUCUAUAAGCUCACAAAAUUAUACAUCCUGUUGGGAAAUAUUAAAUCACAGAUACGAGAAUAAAAAGCUUAUUUUUACAUCUCACAUAAAUGUAAUUUUAGGCCUACCCAACAUGCAGCAGCAAUCGCUCGGACAAAUAAAAAACAUGCACGAUGCCACAAAGGAGUGCCUGAAUGCCAUUAAGAACCUUGGUGUUGAUACAAGCACGUGGGACCCGAUGAUCGUUCAUAUCUUAGCGCUCAAAUUAGAUACCGACAGUCAUAACGAUUACAUCGAGUCAUUGAAAAAUCCUAGAGAGCUACCAACACUUCAAGAAUUUCUAAGUUUCCUCGAGAUGAAAUUUACUGCAUUAGAAUCAUCUAAGCGCAAGCAAGAGCCACCUAAAACAUUCCAGCACCCUCAAAAACCAACACCAGCAGCAUAUCCUAAAGCAUUCCAGAAAUCACAUUUAUUUAAAUCAUUCGCUAGCAACUAUAAUAAUUCAUCGCAAAACGGAAAAGGUGUCAAUUUCACAACACAAAAUUGUCCAAUAUGCAACAAUAAUCAUGCAAUAAUAUAUUGCAAUAAAUUCGCGGAAUCUCAACCUAAACUGCAAUUACAAACAAUUACGAGGUUACAGCUAUGUCAAAACUGCCUAUAUAAUCAUAAUGGUAAUAAGUGUUUUUCCACUAAAAGAUGCCGAGUAUGCAAUGAGAACCAUCAUACUUUGGUUCAUGAAGCGUUCGCACAGAGGACAUCCCAAAGUACAGCUAGCACAGCAAGCCCCGAAAAUCAACUGAAAAAUAGCUCCCACGUGUCCCUGGAUGAUACACAGGAAAUUUUAUUAGCAACAGCUCAAGUUACCGUUCAAGCCGCAGAUGGUUCGUCAUUAGUCAUGCGUGCUCUCAUAGAUCAAGGAUCACAGACUUCCCUUAUAACCGAAAAUGCAGCUCAGAGACUCGGUCUGCCGCGUCAGCAUUGUAAGGGAGUGAUUUUAGGUUUAGGAGCGAAAGAGAACACGUGUAAAGGCUUUCUGAACAUAAAAAUAUCUUCACAAUAUAGCGAUUAUUCAUUAAAUACAGGAGUUUUUAUAAUGAAUCAUGCGGUGAACAAUCUACCAAACAAAUCGUUCAACAAACCAGCGUGGUCAUUUAUUAACGACAUACAGCUAGCCGAUCCAGAGUUUUAUCGACGCCGACCAGUCGACUUAUUGUUAGGUGCCGAUGUCUAUUCAUCUAUUAUCAUGGAGGGAAUUAUUAAGCAAAGCGAAUCUAUUCCUGUAGCGCAGCAAACACGCCUUGGGUGGAUUUUAUGCGGCAACGUAAAGUCGUUCCAUUGUAACGUUGUAAUGGUCGACGUGGAUAGCCUUCAAAAAUUUUGGUCAAUCGAAGACAUUAACGAAAACAUAGAUAUAUCACAAGAGGAUUAUCAAUGUAUUCAGCAAUAUCAAUCAACAACAACCCGUCAAUCAGAUGGAAAAUACGUUGUCCGUCUCCCUUUACAUCCAGACGCAGACGAAAAGCUAGGUUUAUCGAAAACAAAAGCAUGCGCGCAAUUUUAUCAAUUAGAACGAAAGCUACAAAAAGACGACAAUUUAUUUAAUAAAUAUAAAUCAUUCAUAAACGAAUACAAAGAAUUGGGUCACAUGCACUUAACAAUAGCGCGUAACAUGAAACCUGCCUACUACAUGCCGCACCACGGUGUACAUCGAGCCGAUUCGAGUACUACGUCAUUACGAGUUGUGUUUAAUGCAUCCAAAAAAACAUCGACGGGUGUAAGCCUUAAUGACGUCAUGUAUGGAGGUCCGAAUUUACAGCAGGAUAUCUUAUUAUUAAUUUUAAAUUGGAGACAAUAUCCUUACGCAUUUAUAGCAGAUAUCGAAAAAAUGUUUCGACAGAUUUUAAUUGCAAAGCAAGAUCAACGUUAUCAGCAAAUAGUUUGGCGUGAAAAUCCGAAUCAACCACUCAGGGAAUAUACUUUGUCAACUGUUACGUAUGGUACAAAAGCAGCGCCCUUUUUAGCAAUGAUGACGCUCAAGCAGUUAGCCAAGGACGAAUGCAACCGUUACCCGAUAGCAGCGAGGGUGUUAGAAGAACAAUUUUACAUGGAUGAUCUUCUUAGCGGUGCAUUUGACAUCAUAUCAGCGAAGCAAUUGCAAAGAGAUCUCAUCGAUUUACUCAAAUCGGGAGGAUUUAAUCUCCGCAAAUGGUCAGCGAAUGAGUCAUCAUUAUUAGAAGACGUUGAUAAAGCAGAAAACCUAGCAAGCGAUACGUACAAUUUUAAGCAUCAGGAAUCAACGAAAGCACUCGGUCUUAGUUGGAAUGCCCAAAAAGACAAUUUUAAGUUUAUAUGCAAACUGAAUCCGCUAUCCGAUUCAAGGCCUACGAAGCGUGAACUACUAGGAGAAAUAUCGAAGAUAUUCGAUCCUCUUGGUUGGUUGGCACCAGCUGUAGUUCAACUAAAACUAUUAUUUCAAAGCGUAUGGUUAACUAAUUUAAAUUGGGAUGACGUCAUACCGGACAAGAUUAAUCUUGAAUGGCAAAAAUUAAGAGCAGACAUAGAAAAUAUUGGUAAUAUCGAAAUCCCGAGAUGGAUUUGCAGCGAGAGAGACGACUGCAUCGAAUUACACGGUUUUUGUGAUGCGUCGUUGAAGGCAUAUGCAUGCGUAGUAUAUGCACGGAUAGUGCGUAACGGUCAAACGCACAUAACACUGUUAGCCGCUAAAACGAAACUUGUCCCCGUCAGCAAAACUAGCCCUUCGUCAAAGACCGACAUAUCGUUACCGAGACUAGAGUUAAGCGGUGCACUCUUGCUCUCAAAACUUAUGAUAAAGGUCAAGCAAAGUUUAAGCGAUCGCGAUGUAAAAAUGUUUGCGUGGUGUGACUCAACAGCUGUACUUGGAUGGCUACAGGGCGAGCCCAGCCGCUGGAAGCCUUUCGUCGCAAACCGAGUGAUUAAAAUAACAAAAACUUUACCACCACAGACUUGGCGUUAUGUUAAGUCCAGCGAUAAUCCCGCAGAUUGUGCUAGCCGUGGCAUGAGCAUCGCGCUUUUAGAAAAACAUGACCUAUGGUGGAAAGGGCCCACCUGGCUACUCAGUGAUCUUAAACAUCAGCAACAAUUAACGUAUGAUACUAAAUUAGAAGCAAAGAAAAUAUUAUCAAAUGUCGUUACAAAGAAUAAUAAUAUUUCAGCGAACUUUAUUAGCGAUUUUAUUGAUAAAUAUAGCAGUUUUACAUAUGCGUCACGAGUACUAGCAUGGAUAUUGCGAAUAUCCUCGUCCGUAACAAAACAACAUUAUUUAACUACACAAGAGUUGCAAAAUUCACAAUUAAAAAUUAUAAAAGCUUUACAGUAUUUAGAAUUUAGUCAAGAAAUAAAUGAUUUAAAUAGCUUAGGUAGAGUAGAUUCAAAGAGCAAGUUAUUAUGUCUUAAUCCAUUUCUAGACGAACAAGGUUUAUUAAGAGUUGGAGGUCGUCUAAAAAACAGCAACAUCUCAUAUAACAUGAAACAUCCCUACAUAAUACCACAGAGCAGUCAUCUUACUAAUUUAUUAAUUGAUUUAGCACAUAAGUCAACUUUCCACGGUGGAGCGAGGUUGACGAACUCUUGGCUACGUCAGCGAUAUUGGAUACUCGGCGGAAACAGAGCAGUUAAGAAACGUUUAUAUAAUUGUGUAAUAUGCAAGCGACAUAGCCCGGUAAAACAACUACAAAUAAUGGGAGAUUUACCGGGAGCUAGAACAAACCCUACAAGACCGUUUUAUCACACGGGGGUUGACUUCACAGGACAUGUAGACGUGAAAUCAAGCAAGGGUCGCGGUAUUAAAACAAGCAAAGGAUAUGUGGCUGUAUUUAUCUGUAUGGUCACAAAAGCGAUUCACUUAGAGUUAGUAUCAGACUUAUCAUCAUCUACUUUUUUAGCAGCGUUACGUAGGUUAGCAGCAAGAAGAGGAACUCCUCGUCACCUAUACAGUGACAACGGAACUAAUUUCGUAGGAGCCAGCAAAAUUUUAGCGAAUGAAUUUAUUGACCAGCAAUCUAUUUUAACGGAGGAUUUUUUCACGGAAAUUAGUGAGAUGCAAAUUGAGUGGCACUUCAAUGCACCUUCCUGGCCUAGCGCGGGAGGACUUUGGGAAGCAGCGGUUAAAAGCCUAAAAUAUCAUCUACGUAGAGUCCUAGGCGAUCAAAAGCUUACGUACGAAGAGUUCGCCACUCUACUUUAUCAGCUAGAAGCCUGUCUAAAUUCGAGACCCCUAUCUCCUCUAUCUGAAGAUCCUGAUGACUUAGCAUAUCUCACACCUUCCCACUUUUUAGCGAGCGGUCCAAUGGAGAAUGCCCAUGAAAAAACCGAGAGAGAUGAGAGAACGAGGUGGCAAUUGACGCAAAAAAUAUUUAGUGAUAUUUGGAAACGGUGGCGAGCUGAAUAUUUAACGUCAUUAUCAGCCAGAAGCAAGUGGAAAACAUCAAAGCCUAACAUCAAGUUGAACGACAUCGUGAUCAUACAUGACGCUCUUCUACCUCCAGGAAAAUGGGCGUUGGGUCGUGUGAUUGAAUUACACCCUGGAUCGGACGGCUACGUCAGAGUCGUAAGCGUAAAAACUAAGACGGGCAUUAUCAAGCGACCGAUAAUUAAAUUAUCUAUUCUCCCUGUUAACACGGAAGAAACAAAUCAGCAAAAUCAUACCAGCAGCUCAUCACCAGCAAGCACCCCGAAAAAAGCGCAUUCCAAUUAA